GUUCCCGUCUUCUCAUUCCGACGAGCAUUUGCGCCUCACGCAGCCUGUGAAGAGGAGCUGUGAGUUCUGCGCAUCUCCAAAUCGCAUCGCCGCUCUGCGAGGACAUCUCACGCGCCGUCAGCCAGCAUGUCAUCCACAGGCGGGCUGAAGGCAUACCAUCUUCUCAUCGCGGGGGGUGAGCAGCGACGAGGCGCGUCGAGACAGGCCUGCACAAUGCAUUGCUGAUGUGUGUGUCGUGUGGUGCGUGAUGUGUGGUGUGCAGGUGCGGCGGCAGCGGUGGGCGGUCUUGUUUGGUAUCUGUUGAAGGACGACAAGGAGGAGGUGGCGGAGAAGGAGGCCAAAGACCCCGAGAAGAAACUCACUGUCGACACGGUCGGUGCGGUGGCGGUGCGGUCUGGGGCACAGCACAGACGUAGUUAGGGGGAGGCUCCUGUGUGUCAGUCAUUAUUGUGGCCAUGCAUGCGCUGCGCUGCGCUGCGCGCUGUGUGUUUUAUGAGAAUGCGUGUGUGCGUGUGUUUGUGUGUUUGUGUGUUUAGGCUACGAAGGGCCAGGUGGUGGAGAUCUUGAAUGAGAUCCUCAAGUCGCAGGAGAAGAUGAAGGGCAUCAUGAAGGAACUCACCACCAGCAUGGUCAAGGCCAACGUCGCGUAAGGGAGGGACCGCUCUCGCACUAGCUAUGAUGGGCCCCUUUCUCACCGGCCGUCCUCAUGUGGGUUCUUCUGCUGUGCUGUGGGUCUUGACCAGUUUUGAGGAGGCCUAUCAGCGUGUCAAGAACGUGCAGCCAUCAGACCCUCUCGAGAGGUCAGCAAGCUAAUGGACGAGAGAAGUGUUUGUGAUGCCCGCCGUUUCACGUCAGGUACGGUCUGAGCAUGACCGACUUCGACCAGCUCCUUGACAGAUACCAAAACGACCCAGGUCAACACCCCCACACACACCCACACACGAACUUGUCGAUGAAUGUCAGAAAUCGGUUGCCUGUGGAAUGUUGUGUUGUGUUGUGUUGUGUUGUGUGUUGUUCAGCGGUUCGUGAGUCGAUAGCCCAGAUUAUGGGUGCGGGGGGGCCGGCGGGGACGAGCGGUCCGAUCAGCCAGAAGGCGCACAGUCUGCAGAAGGACGUCAUCAUCAAGGUCCACCAGUUUAUGCUCCAGGAACUCAGAUCAAUCGUCGAACAGUUCCAAGUGAGCACCCCACACUCACACCCCCACCCACCCACACAGCCCCCCGACCCCACCCAUGUGUGUGAUGGGAUGGAUGGAUGGAUGUGUCGGUGCCGUGCAUCGCUUCCAUCAGAAGUUGGGCAACAAGUCGUCGUACGACAUGAGGACGGUGACGAUUGCGGCCCAGGCGCUGGUGGGCGCCAAGGUGGAGGAGAAGUUCAACCUCACCUCAGAGGACAUAGAGGGCGCCGUCCUGCUCAACCACGCGCAACUCGCCGUGGUAUGUCUGUCUGCCUGUGAGGGGAGGGGGAGCUCUCAACGCAAGGGAGGGAGGUCGUCGAUCAACCAGUACUGACUGUGGUUUAUGUAAUGUGUCUGCCUGCCUGACGUCAGGACCCCGAGUUUGGUCGCAUCAACGUGCAGAUGCAGGACACGAUGACACACCUGAUGGGGUGAGCCAAGAUGAAGAGAGCGAACGUCACCCGACUGGCCAACACAUGAACGCCCUUGACGCCUGCCUGCCUGUCUUCCCCUGUGUGUGUGUCUGUGGCUGUGCCUCGCAGUAUGGACGGUGUCGGUGGUUUUGGCGGUUUUUUCUGAGCCCGGUGGGUGCCCCUCUGACGCAGCGAGCCUCCCUCGUUGGGUGGGGUGGGUGUGUGGUUUAAAGGGGGGCGUGAUUGAUGAUGGGAUGACUCGAUAGGUGCAAAGCUACCAUGCCAUACCAUGCCUGGACUGUGUGUCGAGUGACCAUCGCUCGGCCAUCGCUACACACCUUACUUGUGAGUCUCUUGGCGUGACUCUUUUGUGCUGGGCUAGGCCGGUCAGCCAGCCGUCCCAGCGCAAAGGAGUGGCGUCAGGUGAGGCGACAGACAGGUGGUUGGCAGCAUGGACCGAUGGAUGACGAUGAUGAUGAUGAGUGUGAGAGAGAAGCGACUCCGGUCAGGUCAGGUCAGCCGGAGUUUGUACAGCCAGCCAGCCAGCCACACGAUGCAUUGCAUGCAUGGAUCGGAUCCACACUCACACCACACACCCCUCCCCCCCGUUGUUCACCGCCUUGCACGCACCCCACACCACACCACAGCCCGCACAGCAAGACAGCCAGCUGAUGGUGGCUGGGGCGUGUGUCUGCCUGUCUGUCUGUCUGUCUGCCUCUUCCAUCCCCUGCCUGUCUGUAUUGGUUUUGUCCUGGUUUCAACAAAGUGACUUUUUUGUCGCCAGUGUGGAUGGAUGGCGGCUGCUGCUAGGUGAGGUGUCUGCCUGUGUUGUGUGCGUGGUUGCGAUUGUUGCGAGCGGCUUUUUCUGCCGCUGUGCCUCCCUCUCCCUCUCCCUCGUGAGGGUACAUGACACAGGUGGUAUGUUGAGACGAGACGCCCACGCGUGUUGUGUGUGUGUGUGUGUGCGUGUGAGGUCGUCUUCCCUUGCUCUCCUUCUUGUGCUGCCUACAGUGACCUCUUACUGCCCGUUUGCUGAAUGAGUUUAUGCAGGACGCCAUGCCAUGCCAUUCUCUGAUGGCCAUGGCGAGCGCG